UCAUCAUCCUUCUCCUCACGCCCAUCCCCCCCCAAACUCCCCGCCGCCCAACAAGCCGAAUUCGAACGCCUCCAGCGCGCAGCCGCCGUAUCGUCCGCCUUCCAAGAAGUAGCUGCAGCGCAAACUCCCCCCGCGACGGAAACUCCUCGCCACACAACAACCGCCUCUUCUUCUUCUUCUGCAACCGCUUCCUCCUCUGCUUCUGCUUCUGCUUCUGCGAAUUCCGUAAAGACGGACGAGGCUACGAGCCUUAAUCAGGGCCUCUUUCGUGGCGCGCCACCAGAGUUCGAAGGCGAUACGAAUCCCAAGACGGGCGAGGUGGGAGGGCCGAAGAAUGAGCCUUUGAGGUGGGGUGGGGAUGGGGAUUGGAGCUAUAAUGGCAGGGUGACGGACUUUUGA